AUGUCGGCCCAGCAGCAGCCGUCGGAGGAGAACAGUGAUCGCAUGGUCGCCGCACGCACCAAGGCAGAGGCUGCCCGCAUGGCCGUUGAGCGCCGUCGCUCCAUGAACAGCGAUGCUCAAGAACGCAGCAACUCCCCUGACCACCAUGACACGCCAACCCCGCUCAGGGGUGCGACACAGGAGCGCAGCAGCAGUGUUGAUCUUGCCAAUGGCGGUAUCGAGGACCCUCAUGGGGAUUCCGGCGAACAUCGUCCGAACAGCAGCAUCGUGAAACGCCGCUCGUCGAUGCCGAAGAACGGCGUGCGCGAUGGGUCCCGCCGUGGCAGCGGCGUUGUUGCCGUCGGCCCCCCCAACGCCUCGUACUCCGGCACGAAGAAAACGGCGGACCCGCAGACGCCGGAGGAAUACGCGGCGGCGAUUGAGGAGAUGCGCCAGGAGUACGAGCGCAUUAUCAUGAAGGACGCGGAACUAGAGGAGCGCCUGCAGCUGUACAGCGACGUGGUCGGUCUGCGCAAGGAGCUGGUGAUAGUUCAGGAGGACGAGGCGCGCCUACGCCAGCAGCUGGCCGCGACCGAGGCUGUCAUCGCGUCGAGCGACCCGACAGUGAAGAAGGUGGUGCCCAUCUAUGAGGAAGAGGCCCAGCAGUCGGUGCUGCAGAAGUUGUGGAUGGAGGAGUCGGAGUGCCACAACCCCGACACCAUGGAGUGGGCCGCGAUCGACGUCAACAACCUGCGCGAGCGCGUUGACGCGGCGCACAAGAAGUUUACGGCGGCGGCCGAGAUGGCCGACUCCCUGUACCUGCAACAGGAGGAGGCCAUCAACAAGACGACGGACGCCCGCGAGCGUGAAAGGGCGAUCAUUGCGGAGAACCACGAGCGUGAGAUGGAGGGCCUCAGCGAGGCCCGUGUCCACGCCCGCCAGGUAGCCGCAGAGCAGCACUUUCACCGUCAUCGCGGUACGGCGCAGGCCCCGCCGGUGGUGUUAACGCAGGAUAAAAAGCGCACGACGCGUCAGCGCUGCGUCGACGAGGUCGAGUUCCACACCACCGCGCAGGUAGGCCGGAUGAAGGACGAGCUGACAGAGCUGAUGGAGCAGGUGAAGAUGCUAAAGCGUCACCUGGACGACUCCCGCCAGGUGACAGAGAAGAAGCGGCGCGAGUACGAGGCGACCCUAAAGGCCGUCGAGGCGGAUGGCUCCGAGGCGCGCGAGAUGAAGGAGGGUCUGCUGAAGGAGGAGGAGGAACUAAAGGAGCUCAAGGCAGACAUCCAGGCUGUGCUGCACUAUGUGCGCGCCAAGAAUCGCGAGGAGGAGGGCUGGUAA